CGACUCCUUCCCCAGGGGUGCGUGUUCGUCCCGGAUCCAUUUUCAUAGCCCCAUGCCCGAUAGUGGCCCUGGAUGCCGAAAUCGAUGAAAAAUGCCCGGAUUGACCGGGCUGUGUGGCCGCCUCAAGGCGGAACAGGCUCGGCGGGACGCGGACGCGCUCGCGCCCAGCGGGCGCGCCGGCGCCGGCGGAGGCGGCUCUUCGGGAGGCCUCGCGGAGGGCGGCGGCCCUGCACCAGCGGAGGUGACAGCGCCGCCUGGUGGCGCUGGCGGGCUUUCUGCCAAGGUCUCGGCCUUGGGUCGUAGCGGAGAGGCCAGUGCCCCCGAGCUUUGCGGCGGGCUGCAGCGCGGCCUCCUCGGGCUGCACCGCGGGCCCUCGGAGCUCAGCUCGCGCAGGGCGGCGCAGCGCGGGCUGCCGGCGGCGGGGCUCCCGCGGCUGCCGGCCGCGCGCCUCUGGCCGCCCGCCGCGGGCCCGCCUGCGCCCGGUGGGGCGCAGCGGUGGCUGGCGAGGGGGCUGCGCCUGGACUCCCAGGACCGCGUCUGCGGCGGGGCCGGGGCGUCAACAGUGGAUGGCUCCCAUGGCCGUGGGUGGUGCGACCUCUUUUCCUUUGCCAGCCUGUGGGGGGCGGCGGCCAUGCGGCUCGGCACCCGCGAGUCGCCGCCGCAGCCGGCGGGGCUCCUGCGGGGGGUGCUACCGCCGGGGACCAACCCCGUGGCGGUGGGGGGCAUCGGCCUGGCAGUGCUUGCCGGACUGGCAGUAUGUUAUAGCGUUGGCAAUGUAGAGAUCACGGAGCACGCCUUGAACUACUCCAUGUUGACCAGAAAGGCGGAGCGCCGUGCGUACACGGCGGGGAGAUAUUGGAUUGGCCCUUUCAACUACUUCAUCAAGUUCCCUGCGAUACUGACCACCAUCCAGUUCUCCGACGCGAAGAUGCAGGCCGACCUCGCCCAGAGCGGAGAGGCGGAGCUGCGGAGCCGCACGCAGGACGGGCUGGACGUAUUCAUAGAGCUCUCGUUCCAGUACCAGCUGCAGUCCGUCAACUUGUAUGACCUGUACACGAACCUCGACGGUCAGCUCUCUGCAUGCCUCGUCACCACCAUGGCCUCCCAAGAUAUCCGACAUCGCUUUUUUUUCAGAAAGUGGCUCCCAAGAGGUCUGAACCCUUUCCCCGGGGCCCGUGUUCCACCCUGA